GUCGAUGUCGGGUAGUGUGCGUUAACGCGUGAUGGUCAAUGGCUCUGAACGUCGCCUGGAAUAAUGGGCAACUUUGUCUUGCUACAAAUGAAAAUAUUUUAACGUCUUAUAAGAAUGUUGAGUUGAAAUUGUCGGGAGGCUCAUUGCGCAGCAUGAAGGCGAUGGGAGAAGUCCAUUUGUCUCAGUACAGAAUUGUGUUUGUGUCUUCUAAAAAUUCUGAAAUGACGUCAUUCUCGAUGCCUUUCCAACUACUGAGACAAAUAGAGAUUAAACAGCCUUUAUUUGGGGCCAACUACUUGCAGGGUGAAGUUACUGCAGAAGCUGAUGGUGGCUGGCAAGGGAGAGCUGAUUUCUCAUUGACUUUUUCAGAAGGAGGUGCAAUUGAUUUUUCAUCUCUUUUGUUGAGGAAAAUGGGAGAAGCUCGGCAAUCUCGACAUGUGAUGUAUACUACUCCAUCUGCUCCUCCUCCAAGUUACACUCCACCUUCAGCUCCUCCUGCUGACUUCUCAGGAGCCAAGUCUGACAUUCCUACACCAGCAUUUUAUUAUCCUCAGAAUUCUUACCCACCAUACGGACAUACACCAUCGGCUCCAUCGGCUCCAUCAAUGCCUGUCCCGGAUGAUCCUCCACCAUACGAAGAGGUUGUCAGGAAUGAGAGCAAAUAGUUUCAUGCAGGAAACUACGUUUAAUCAUUCAACAGUUCACAGCCAGCAAAUGUCUGCGUUUAAUUUGGUAGAAAGAUAAUUAUUAAAUUACCAGACUUAUUAAACUGCAUUGUCUAUCUAAAAAUCGUUGUAGCCAAAUUCUUGUACGUACACUCUACUUGAUAUGUUCUCAAA